AAGGUGUCAAAACUCAACUUGUUAAAGAUUGUGUGCCCCAUUGCAACGCUAGUCACGAGGAAGAAUCUGUUACUGUUAGCGUGUAGCUUCCCUUCUUCUCUCUUCGCCACACUUCUUAAGUUCUUCUUCUUCCCUAGCAUAUUACUAUUAUUCGGCAUCCAAAACAAAGAAAAGAAAACACAAGGAACUUCUUACUUCAUCCAAGUUCGCUAAUACAAUAUAUUGUAAUGGCAACAGUAGAAACAUCCCAUGAAGCUAUGGCUACAGUGGCCAACAAGGCACCAAUCACUUCUGAGAGAAAGCUCCCUGAGGACUUGGACACCAAACUCCCCAAACCAUAUUUGCCACGAGCUUUGAGUGCCCCUGACACGGAGAAUGUGAAUGGCACGCGGGGCCACAAACACAACGACAUGUCCGUUCUUCAGCAGCAUGUAUCCUUCUUCGACCUAAACAAUGAUGGUGUGGUCUACCCAUUGGAGACAUAUAAGGGAUUCCGUGCACUCGGUUUCAAUGUGAUUCUUUCCUUCAUAUUUUCGAUUGGUAUUCAUGUGACUCUCAGUUACCCUACUCUUCCUACAUGGCUGCCUUCACCUUUUUUCCCAAUUUACAUAAAAAACAUACAUAGGGCAAAGCAUGGAAGUGACACUGGUACCUAUGACACAGAGGGAAGGUUCAUGCCAGCAAAUUUGGAAUUCAUUUUUAGUAAGUACGCACGUGAGGUGCCUGAUAAAUUGACAUUGAAGGAGCUGUGGCACAUGACUGAAGGAAAUAGAGUUGCAUAUGACUUCUUUGGCUGGGCUGCCAGUAAAUUUGAGUGGGGAGUUUUGUAUGUCCUAGCAAGAGAUGAACAAGGGUAUCUGUCAAAAGAAGCUGUGAGGCGUUGCUUUGAUGGGAGCUUAUUUGAGUAUUGUGCUAAAAACCCCAGAGGUGCUGCUGGAAAGAUGGCUUGACAGUUAUUGUUCCCUACUGUAUUUUAAGUUCACCGAAAUUUGCAAAACAGAACGUCCUUCGGUGCAAAAUUGUCUUGCAGUUGUAUUGUAUGUGUGCUGUCUUAUAGAAGUCUAAUUAUUAUAUGGUAUAUAUAUACUUACUUUCUAGUUUAUUAAAAAAA